AUGGAUUCCAACACCAUUCUUGAUUAUGCUCUGUUUCAACUCACUCCAACCAGAACCAGAUUUGAGCUUGUAGUGUUCUGUGGAGGUGUUCGUGAGAAAAUAGCUUCUGGGUUGUUUGAACCUUUUGUUUCUCAUCUCAAAUUUGUCAAAGAUGAGAUCUCGAAAGGCGGUUACUCCAUUAGGCUUCUGCCUCCUACCAAUACUGCUUUUUGGUUCUCCAAAUCCACCUUUGAGAGAUUUGUGCGGUUUGUUAGCACACCUGCAGUUCUUGAGAGAUUUGUUAGCCUUGAAAAGGAAAUUCAGCAGAUUGAAAGUCAAUUUCAAGCGAACGCAUUAUUGAUGUCGUUAACAAUCCCUGAAGAAGGAAACUUGCCACAAACCAAUGGCAACACAAGGAGGUUAAGUGAUUCUACUAAGUUGGAUGAUGUACUUGAAGGGGUUGGCAUUAAAGAAGAAGAAAACUCAAAGAUUUCGCUGCAACGUGUUUUGGACUCUCGAAUAGCACUACUCCGAAAAGAGCAAGCAAUGGCGUAUACACGAAGUCUUGUUGCUGGUUUUGAUAUUGACAACAUCGAUGAUCUUGUAUAUUUUGCAAAUGCAUUUGGAGCAUCGCGUUUAAGGGAAGCUUGCAAUAAUUUUAAGGAGCUGUGGAAGAAAAAGCACGCAGACGAUCUGUGGAUUCAAGAAGUAGCUGCAAUGCAGUCAAGCUUACCGCCAGGACUCUUGUUUUCUGGAUCAUCAGGAAUUAUACUUGCAAAUGACGUAACCGUUCAUGAUCAGAAUAACAAGAAUAAUAGCUCUACAGACAGUAUUCCUUCGAGCGACGAAAAUGCAUUUCUUGAAACAUCAAAUAAAAAAGAAGAUGUGAACUUGCCACACAUGGCGAAUGUUCAUAUGCCGAUGCAUAUGCCGUGGCCUUACAAUGUACCGCCGUAUAUGUAUAAUCUUCAAAAUCCCGGUCAGCAAAUGCCGUCAUACCAAGGAUAUCCUCCUUACCUUCAAAAUAAUAUGCAUUGGCCUUCUAACAUGGGAGUGAACCAAAAACCGUCAGUGACUAAAAGAGAGAAAUCUCGUAAUAAGAAAGGAUCGGAAGAAUAUGAAGAACCGGAAACAGAUUCCAGUGAUCCUGAUUCAGGGAGUGAAUCUGAUUCGGGUAAACAGAAAGACUCAAACAGUUCUUUGAAGGAUGAUAAGAAGAAAAGACACCGAAGAAAAUCGUCUGGAACGGUUGUGAUACGUAAUAUCAACUACAUUACUCCGAAAAGGAGAAAUGGAAAUGAGAGUGGAGGUUCUGAUGAAUCUUCUUUAGAGGACGAUGUUGUCUUCGACGAAGAAACCAUCAAACAGAAGGUUGGUGUUGCACUUGAAUCAUUGCAGAAGGUUCAUAAAGGUGAAAAACGUGGUAGUCGAAAAAAGUCAGCAGCUAAACACAAUGUAACUAAAUCGAGUGAUGAUGCCGAGGAAGAUGCAUCCCAAGGUGGGAACAAAAAUGAGAACUGGAAUGCCUUCCAGAGCCUUUUGAAGAUAGAUUCCGAGACCGAAGUUGACGGAUCAGAACCAACACAAUCAAUCGAUGUCCAGGAUGAACAUUUUGUGUCGAGCAACUCUGAAGGAAGAAUGUCAUCUGCUGCUAGUUCUGCUCCAAACAUGGAUUUCAAUGAAGUUCCGAAGAAUCGCGAAGUUGUGAAUGACUCCUUCAUUGUGACUCAAAGAGACGGAGGAAAUGGAGGCGGAUCGAAGAUGGAUGGAUAUGUAGACAACUUCGGCCCAAUUACAAAGAUCAAAGAAAAUAUCGGCGAAGAUAUAUUGUUAUCACACAUAUCAAGAGAACCGAGAAAUGAACUUGGUGAUCCAUUAAAUACUUAUGCUGCUGAUUCAUCAUUACAAACCAAGGGAAGAGGAUCGGAAGAUUGGUUUAUCGUUGAUAACAACUUGGAAAGUACGAGAAGCCAUGAUUCCUCAAUUGUGCCUAUAGUGUUCGAUUCUUCUCAUGCUGAAAAAAGAAGCGAAAAAAAUAUCAUCGAUGAUUCCUUCAUGAUACACGGUGAUCAGUUGGUAGAUAACAAUCUUUCUGAUUCGCAAUGGAAGACGGAUAUGAGUAUGGUUGAAAAUCUAACAUCUUCCAACAGAGAAGAAAGUGACACAAAAGAAAAGACCGCGUUAUCAAAGAUAGAGGAGCCAAAUGAUCUCUGUGUAGUUCUGCGACGCGAUUCUGGAUCGGAUUCUGUUGAGGCCUCAAGAACCAUGGACUAUGAAAUCGACUUUUCUUACUCAGAACCUGAUAGAAGAACUUCUGUUGAUGAUUCGAGUGUUGAUGCGAAUAACAACAAUCUUCCAAGUAGUCCAAAGAAAACCAACGCGAUUAAAAACAAAGUCUCGCGAUUACCUGCAAAGGGAAAGCCCGAAAUAAUUCCUAGAACCCGAAAACCAUCUGUUCCAAGUAGGACUAUAGUUCAAAAGAGCCAAAGGGAAAAGGAAGAUGAAAUUAGGAAGAAGUUGGAAGAAAAGGCGAAUGAACGACAGAGGAGAAUAGCCGAAAGAACUGCAUCUUCUGGUGUUGUUCGAGCCGUGCCGGGGAAAACCGAUAAAAACAAGACUCAAACUGUUAAAGAGACAAAGAGAAUCAGUUCUGUUAAGAAAAUUUAG